GCAAAAUCAACUCCGGCGCCCAGGUUGUGGGGAGACAGCAGACCCGGAAAAGUGCGGGGAGGGGACGGUGGGAGCCCGUGUCUCUCCAGCAUUGGAGGAUGGCUGACCCUCGCCCUUGGGCACCCUCCUCCUGCGACUGCUUCGUUUCGCUGCCCCCAGCCUCUGCCACCAGAGAGGUAAUCUUUGGCAAGAAUUCCGACCGGCCGAAGGAUGAAGUCCAGGAAGUGGUCUAUUUCCCAGCUGCCACUCAUGCAAAAGGGGCCAAAGUCCAGUGCACGUACAUCGAAGUGGACCAGGUAGGGAGGACUCACGCCGUCAUCCUGAGCCGACCGGCCUGGCUAUGGGGAGCUGAGAUGGGAGCCAACGAACACGGCGUCUGCAUCGGCAACGAAGGGGUGUGGACUAAGGAGCCGGUGGGGGAAGAGGAAGCUUUGUUGGGCAUGGAUCUGGUCCGGCUGGGUUUGGAGAGGGGCAGCAACGCACACGAAGCCAUUCAGGUCAUAACGGCACUCCUGGAACGCUAUGGCCAAGGGGGCCCAUGCAAGGAGGAGCCAACCCCUUUUGUUUACCAUAACACCUUCCUCUUGGCGGACCGCACUGAAGCCUGGGUGUUGGAGACAGCUGGAAGAUUUUGGGCCGCUCAGAGGAUUCGAGAAGGGGCCCGUAACAUCUCCAACCAGCUGAGCAUAGAUGCAGACAUUACGGCGGAACACCCGGACUUAAGGGAACACGCCCGAAGACAGGGCUGGUGGAACGGUGAAGGAGAGUUCAGCUUCACUAAAGUGUUCUCACUUGUUCAUCAGCCUGUCCGCAUGGAAGCGGCCAAAGCGCGGUAUUGCGCUGGCCAGCAGCUGCUACGCCAGCAUUCAGGGCAGAUCACCGCCAGCACCAUCAUGGCCAUCCUGAGAGACAAAGCCAGCGGUAUCUGCGUGGAGUCCGAAGGGUUUGCCACCACAGGAAGCAUGGUCUCCGUCCUCCCACAGGAUGCCCACCUGCCGUGCGUUCAUUUCUUCACGGCCACCCCAGACCCUUCCAGGUCUGUAUUCAAACCCUUCAUCUUCGUUCCCAACAUCACCCCCUUCCGCCAGGUGCAGGCGCCAAGGUUUGGCGACAGAGACCCCAUCAGGGAGAGGCCUCGGUUUCAGAGCCGGGUUGACCGGCGACAUGAACUCUACAGGAGGCAUCAGCUAGCCCUGGAAGCUCUGGAUUCUCAUCAGGCUGAGCGUCAGAAGAUCCAGGAAUGCUUGCAGGGACUUGAGCAGCAGGCACUGGAGGCGGUGAAGAACUUGCUGGCGGGCUCCUUCACGCUGAAAACCCAGGAGCUGGCUGACCUGUUCUUUGACUGUGUGAACGCAGAGCUCCAGUUCUAUAAAUGAAGGCGCCUCUCCGUUGUUCUUGCCUGCUCAGGGCAGAAUCUCAAACGAAAACAAACGACUGGCCUCCAGCAAGCCAGACAGUCUGAAUAAUGUAGUAGACCAUGAUGUGCCAGAGUACCUGUGAGGCGUGCCCUCUUCCUUCCCUUUCCAGCUCUGAGAACUCCCAAGAGCCAAGGAGAACCUCUUGCCCUCUUCCAGUCCCAUCCUCAUCCUGCUGCGAUCCCCACACUCGUCCUGCUGCUGUGUCUACUCUGCCGAAAGGGUGAUUUGGCAUGAAAGUGCUGUUUCAACAGAGCUGUGAAAUCCCACCUUUUGGCACAUUGAAGCUGAGAAUCUUCAGUCUUUUUCCCUGCAUGAAGACUUUAACCUGCACGCACAUUCAUGAUGCUGUGCACAGAAUACGUUAGUUGCUGCCUCGUUUCAUGAGCCAUUAACAGAACUGUCCUUUAUAAGAAUAUAUAGAAGCUACCAUUUGUAGCCCGGCUAUAACCAUUAUAUCUCUUAAAUGAGUUCUGGGAGGACUGUUACAAUUCUUCAGCAAACAUAUCUGUCCCGUAUAUGUGCUUGGGGGAAAGCAAUGGCAGGUAAGCCAGCUUUGAUCCAAUUUAUCUUUGUGGCAUAGCCACAUUUCAGCAGGCAGCAGACUCCUCCCUCUAGUGGUUGAUGCGUUAUUACACCGUGUUAUGUCCAGCAUAUCCUUGCACAUUUAAAUUGCAGGUUUACACGCUGAACAUACACUGGUGUAAUAUUGAAUUGGCCACUAGAGGGAGCAAACCAUGUUUGGAAGAGACCCCCCCCCUCCAAA